GACGGGAGGCAUGGAGGUGAAAGAAGCAGAGGAGUCAGUUGGUCUUGUGGUGUCUUAGUGAUCACACGUAACGGCACCUUUGGACGCCGAUGAGGUUCCUAUUGGCUGCGGCCGCCCUUCUGGCCGCCCUCACACAUGCACAUGAGGUGGCCAAGAGACAGACCACAGACCCGCCGCGUCGCGUGGUCUGCUACUACACGAAUUGGUCUGUCUACCGCAAGGGGCUGGCCAAGUACACUCCCCAGAACAUCAACCCGUACAUGUGCACCCAUCUGGUCUACGCCUUCGGAGGCCUCACUGAUGAGUUUGAGGUGAAGCCCUUCGACUCGUACCAGGACGUCGAGCAAGGCGGGUAUGCCAAGUUCAACGGCCUCAAGCAGUACAACAAGGGCCUCAAGACGCUGCUGGCCAUCGGCGGCUGGAACGAGGGCUCGGGCAGGUUCAGCGAGCUCGUGUCCCUGCCGGAGCUCCGCAAGGCCUUCAUCAUAUCCGCCAUCAAGCACCUCAGACGAUACAGCUUCGACGGACUUGACCUCGACUGGGAGUACCCGGCCUCUAGGGAUGGCUCCGCGCCCGAAGACAGGGAGAACUACGCCCUCCUCGUCAGCGAGCUCCGCGCGGCGUUCGACGAUGAGGGCAGGAAGGUGAAGGCGGGCCGGCUGCUGCUGACGAUGGCUGUUCCCGCCGGCCAGAACUACAUCGACAAGGGCUACGACGUCCCCUCCCUCACCAGGGACCUCGACUUCUUCAAUAUCCUGAACUACGAUUACCACAGCGCCUACGAGCCCAGCGUCAACCACCACGCCGCCAUCAUGCCCCCGCCAGGCACCUCUGAGUACGCCUGGAACGCCCAGCUCAACGUGGACUGGACGGUCAAGUACUACAUCGAGCUGGGCGCCGACGCGGACAAGCUGGUGAUUGGCAUCCCCACCUACGGCCGUUCCUACACGCUGCUGGACGGGAACUUCACCGACUUCGGCGCCUCAGCAAACGGCCCGGGUGAGGAGGGCACCUACACCAAAGAGAAGGGCUUCAUGGCUUUCUACGAGGUAUGUGAAAACAUUGCGUCCCACGGCUGGUCGGUGCGCAAGCCGUUCCCGCGACGCAUCGGGCCCUACGCCUUCAAAGGAGACCAGUGGGUCGGCUACGACGACGAGAAGAUCGUGGCCAGGAAGGCGGAGUACGUGCGCGAAAACGGCUUGGGCGGCAUCAUGUACUGGAGUCUGGACAACGACGACUUCCGUGGCAUCUGCAACGGCGAGCAGUACCCGCUGGUGGAGGCCGGCAAAAAGGCUCUCUUCGGCACUGAGGGCGGCGUGGAUGAGACUCUCAACGAGGCCAGGAACCUGCAGAAGUCCCCCGUGCCGGCACAGGAAAUAGCCGAACCUCCCACGAAAGAGACCGACACGAGGCGAAGACGGCCCACCAGACCCAACACUCGCACCCGCACCCGCUUCCAGCAAAGAGAGGACCCAACCACCACCACCACAACCACGCCCGCCCCAAGGACCCGUACCCGCACCCGCACCCGCUUCCAAGACACCCAGUUCCCCGACCCACCCAGGACCACCGGGGAAAGGAUCCGCCGCCCCGCCAGCCUGUCCUCCCGCCUCAAGAACAGACGCCGACCCUCCGCCGACACCACCACCACCACGACCACCACCACCCCCAGGCCCACCACCACACCCCGCACGCCCACGCAGGCAGACCCAAGCACCAGGCGGCGACCAGGUGCCCGGCGACGACCAGCUGGCGGACGACGAACCACCUCGACCACUACCAUUGACCCCUUCAACACCCCUGCGCCUCCCACCACCCCCAAAGCCGUCAGCGGCUUCGCCUGUCGCCGCGAGGGCUUCUUCCCAAACCCCGACGACUGCCACAAGUACUACUGGUGCCUCAACUCCGGGGCCUCGGGGCUCGGCGUUGUGGCCCACGCCUUCACCUGCCCCUCAGACUUGGUGUUCAGCAAGACGAUCGACGGCUGUGAUCACCCCACGCGGGCCAAGUGUAGCACCAACAAUAGGAACCGAGGCGGUGCAGGCGCCACAACGCCGCCAUCUUCAACCUCCAUCCCCACCACCACCGAGAUCCCCGUUGACUACUCCUACCUCGACGACUAUUACCAGGACGACGAAUACUACUACUACGACUACGAGGAUAACCCGCCCGUAGAGGAGAGCCCCGACGUCGACAGCAGACAGUUCCAUAACUCGGGAGGUAAUCAGUUCUCCAGGGACUCGACUGCUGCCAGUGAGACACCAGAGGCCCAGGACGCCCCUGCUGCUGGAGAAGGACUCGGCGCUCGCACUCGCCCUCAGUACAGCAGCAUCUCCCGAGACAGAGCUCAGACGCCCGCUCCUGCCACUGAGGACAGCGCUGCCCCCAGUCGCCAGGACUCUCGGGGCGAAGUGAACGCCCGGCCGCAGUACACCACCAUCUCGAGGGAGCGUCCGACCGCCCCCGCCCAGCCGGAGGAAACGGGUGAGACUAGGGAGGGCGGCACUACCUCAGGACGCCGCCAGUAUGUCAGUAUUGACAGACAGCGUCCGAGCCGCCCGGCCCAACCUGAGAGUGAGAAGAGAGAAGCCGAUGCCCCCACCACGGGACGCCGUGAAUAUGUCACAAUCGAAAGACAACGUCCUGCAGUUCAAAGCAGACCCACUCAGCCCGAGAGCGAGGCGAGGGAAGCCGAUCCCUCAACAGGAGACCUCGAGUACGUCACCAUUGAGAGACAGCGUCCUGCCGCCCAGCCCGAGACUGAGACAACGACUGGUGGUGAUCCUUCCACGGGAGACCUCGAGUACGUCACCAUCGAGAGACAGCGUCCUGCCGCCCAGCCCGAGACUGAGACAACGGCUGGUGGUGAUCCUUCCACGGGAGACCUUGAGUACGUCGUCAUUCAGAGACAACGGCCACCGACCUCCAGCAGAGUGACGCCAGCAGCCGACACUCUUUUCCCGCAGGAGCCAACUCUUGAGUACGUGACCAUUACCCGCUCAAGGGUCUCCCCUACCGCCACUCUUCCCCUCUCCGGCACUGAGGCCACAGUUAGUGCAGCAGAAGGGCUAGAGGGCAGAUCUCCCUCCCCACCAAGGUACGUCACCAUUCAGCGAGACCGCCCAGCCACCCCCGCGACCACGGACGCCCCCCUCACCCCCGCGGAGCCAGAGGUGACCAACCCACCCGUAAGUUCGUCCUUCGUCAGCUCUCAACCUCUGGUGGUGCCUCCAACAUCAGCGCCCUCAGUAGUUCCCGUCCCCAAAAAGGAUAUAGUGGAAAAUCUGUUGCAUGAUGGUUUAGCUCAUUCUCCGGGUACUGCAGCUCCUUCCUCAGCCGGGCUCCCUGAGUCGGGCGCUGAGGCGAAAAAACCCUCGCUGUCCGCCCCUGGGGAGGCAGAGGCGCUGGGUACUGACCAGUCUGACUUAGCUACACUAACACUUGCUGACCCUUACUCUUCCCCCCGACCACUUGAAGAAGACAUAACCAAUGACAUUGCGCCCCGCAGUCAAAGAGUCUAUCGCCGAGAGCCGGCUGCCCGCAUUCGAGUGGCACCAGUUCGCACGCGCGUAUCCUCAUCGCGGAGGAGAGUCUCUGCGGGCCACAGACUUAUCCCCAGGGUCGUAACACCGGUGACUCAAGGUGAAGAGGUGCCUCAGGUGACUCCUGGCAGCGGCGUGCUUUCCUUAAUGAACGUCCCAGAAAUCAGCCCGCGGCCUGUACCCACCGUGCCCAAACUCAUGCCCAUCAGGGUGCCCUUUGGCAUUGCACCCCCACAGGAGGCUGAGCCUACCGAAGAGCCUCCAACUGAGUCUCCCACGGAAGCCUCACCUAUACCUGUGACUGACACAUUCACUGAGGAGGCCACUGAGACAGUCACGGCUGGUGACAACGAGCUAGUGCCAGCCCAUGAGCACACACACAUAGCCGACGCCUCCUCUGUAGCAGGGAUUGUGGAUGACUUCCAGAUAGAGGACUAUUAUUAUUACGACGAUGAAUUCCUUGACGGGGACACUCCAGUGGCAGAGACCGACCUGCCCAGCCAUUCCAAGAACGAGGUGGUCCAGGAGGCGCAAGCACAGGGAAAACAGCUCCUGGCUCCCACAGACCACACCAAUGAACAGCAAACAACAGAGCAACACCAGCUGGUAUUCGACCACACAGAACACCACAUUACAGGGCACCACUUAGAUGUUGACUACCCCACAGAACAAGUGGCAGAGCAAGACCACAGGCCAUGCGACCACACCACAGACCACACCACAGACCAACAUCACACCCCUGACCAGCAUCACACCACAGACCAACACCACACCACAGACCAGCACCACACCCUUGACCAACGCCUUACUACAGAGCGACACCACAUUGUCCAGGGCCACAUCCCAAGACAGAAACACCUUUUCAGAGCAGAUCACACCGCCGAUCCACACCACGUGAUCGAGCCACACCACGCAACUCCCAAACAUCUGAUCAAGAACGCACUCCUUUCCCCAGAUGACAUAGUGUCGCGCAUCGAGAAACUGGUGAACGAAGGCAUUACCGACGACAUUGUUGGUACGCCUCAUGACCUUUGGCUCCACGGCGGCCACCUGGACGAAAACACCGCACCUCUCGCCGCCCACGCCACGAUAAGUGACUUGGUGGUGGAGCCCGCUGCCUCUGUUUCUCACGGCCACGUGAUUCACGGCAACGUGUUGACUAAGAGUGUGUCAAAGGACAACUUUGGGACACAGGAUCCUGUAGGUAAAGAGACACAGCAUGACGCCACAACUUACGAUUAUUACGAUUAUGACCACUUUCCGCAAGACUUAUAUGCACAGUACGACUACGUAGCACACGAUGGUCAUGUUGGAGAUGUAGACUAUUUGGUACAGGAUACCAAUGUCACUGAUGCAAACAAUGUGGCGCAGGAUGGCCCCGUGGCAGACACAGAUUAUACGGCACAGGAUGGCCCCGUCAUUGAGACAGCACAUUUAGCACAGGAAGGCAAUGUUACUGAUACAGACCUAGUACAUGAUGGCCACUUCAUUGAUGCAUUCGAUGUUACAGAAACAGACUACGUUGCCCAGGGUGUCCAUGUGACCCAGGAUGAUUAUGUGACUCAAGAUGCCGAUACAGCAGAUUUAGACUCUGUGACAGUGACAGACAAUACUUUACAACAUGGCCAUGUGGCAGGUGUAGACUAUGUGACAGAGACAGACUACGUGACAGAGACUGACUACGUGACGGAGGCAAGCCCUGCACCACAAGGCGUUCAGGCGACAGACGCAGAGUACGCAACAGAGGCAGAUUUCGUGCCCCAAGAUGCCAACACGACACAUGACACGCAAGUGACAGAUGCUCCUACAGACAACGUGACAGAGGCAGAGCACAUGGCACAGGACACCCAGGUUACACAGACUGACCAGGGUCUUCAAGAUGGCCAGGUAACACAGGGCACCCAAGUAACACAUGGUGGCCAGGCAGUCGCAACAGACUACUUGACGUAUGCUGACUAUUAUGCCGAGGAUGGCCAUUAUACGGACACAGACUGGACGUACGCAGACUACGAUGCUCAGGGUGGCCACGGGGAUUAUGAAGACUACUGGUCACACGGCACCCAUGACACGCAACAAGGUCGUGUUACGUCACGUGGUCGUGUUACGUCACGUGGUCGUGUAACAUCACGUGGUCGCUUAGCAUCACCAUCACGUGGUCGCUUAGCAUCACCAGUCCGUGUAACAUCCCGCGGCCGAGUUGUUCAAGUUCCGACAGCACAUCAUGACACUGUUACACAGGAUACCAAAAUAUCACAUCACGACAAUUUUGCUAAAGAUGAUACGGUGACACAAUAUGUCUCAGUUGCAGAGGACAUUCCAGUGACACAACGCGACACUAUUAUACGGGAUGAAACAGCAUCACAACACACCGCUGUUGCAGAGGAUGUUCCACCAAUACAACACGAUAAUGUUGCAGAGGCUGGUCUGACAACACAACAAAGCACUUUUGCAGAAGAUAGCCUGUCAACGCAAAGUACUUUUUCUGAGGAUAGUUUGACAACACAGCACGACACUUUUGCAGAGGACAGCCUUACAGCACAACACGACACUUUUGCAGAGGAUAACCUAACAACACAAGGAAACACUUUUGCAGAGGAUAGCUUUACAACACAACACGACACUUUUGCAGAUGAUAGCCUGACAACACAGCACACCACUGUUACAUAUGAUGAUACAGCAGUUCAAGACGAAGGUAUUGCGCAGGAUUAUAUUGUCACACAACACGACAUGAAAGAACAAAGUGCUCACACCUCUCAGACGGAGCAGUACGCAGAUUAUGAUUACUACGGCAUUUAUGACUAUGUGGCGGAGAGCGAGUUUGCGACGCAGAAUCAUACGCAGAGUGACCAGACGGCACAGACCGCUGAUGUCACGCAUAGCCAGGCCGGGGCAGAGCAUGACUAUACGGCAUUCGAUGAUCACUUGCCGCAAAGCGAUUUUUCAUCCUUUGACUAUUACUACACGACAGAGAACGACUUUGCUUCCCACGAUUACAUUGCACAAGAGGCAACGGCUCACGGCGGUAGCUCGCUUGACCCACGCGGCAGGGAACUGACGAGGGGCGAUGACGCGACACAGACAACUGACACAACCCAAACAGACGCUACCCAGACACAAACUGACACUGUACACACGGACACCCAAACAACUGUCCCUACCUCUAACCAGGUUGGAGUUACCUCACUUGCCUCUGAGACUUCCCUAACCCCAGCGCCCCCUGCCGUAGCCACAGACCCUGUAGAGCCCUCGGCGUCCCUCACUUCAAAAGUAGUGGUGGUGGCGGGAGAGACAAACGCCCUCCAUAAACCCCUUGAAACAUCUCACUUCCCCAGCGAGUCUCUCCGUAGCCCUCCUCCCCCUCCCUCUUCUUCUUUAACGGUGCAUGAUACUGAGGUCUUUUCUGAAACUUCGAGGGAUACUUUGCAUGACGGGACUCUCCACUCGAGGAUAAGGGAGGGCAAGGAUUCUCCUGCUGUGUUUGUGCAUGACUCUCAGUCUGACGCGGCGCUGGAAGCAGCAAAUGCCGGCGGGAGCCUGCAUUCGCAUCAACCCUUCCUGAAUCUUGAAAACUUCAACUUCGAGGAUUACUAUUACUACGAUGAAGAUUUCCUCUACGGCGACCUUAAGUCCCAUAGCCUCGACCCCACAACCGCAUCCACCUCAUCAUCAUUAUCUCCACCAUCACCCACCACCACCUCCAACACACACGACACACCCACUACAGCCACUUUCAACACUCACAAACAGGCGCCCAUACGCAAGGGUGUGAGGGGUCGAGGCGUGGGGCCGCAUGCGGGGCCGUCCGCCGCCAUCGGGGACCGAGGCGCCUACUCUCGCCUCCACCUUCCUCCUGUGCACCUACAGGAGGUAGGUGCCGGGAGGGUAAAGGAGGGGGAGUCAGGGGCCCAGGAACACCCGGUGGGGGGCGAGCGGUCCCCCGCCCUAGUCCCCGACCCGCAGAGGAGGAAGAGGCCCGGGAACGACGACUCCCCCAUUCACGUGGAGGAGGUGACCCGCCCACUGCCCAGGAUUCGUGUGCCCACCCCCCGCCCGCGCCCCCAAACGAGGCCUCCAAACUUCUUCCGGGCCCGUGCCACCACCACCACCGUCGCCCCCAUUGAGCCCGACACCCAGCGCCCGGAGACCCGAGAGCGCCCACGACGACCCCUGGUAGAGGUUGCCCGGCGGCCCACACGCCCCGAGGAAGAGGCCCCCAGCACGUUCCCAGCUACAGAGUUCCCGGAGAUCCCAGAAACCAGCCCCGUCACCUUCACCAGCCCCGUCACCUUCACCGACCCCGUCACCUUCACCAGCCCAGCAGUAGAGGAACCACUUGAUGCACUUCCCGAGGAUGAUGUUCUGCUCACCACCUUCUCACCGGAGACUUCUGUUAGACCCGCCUUGACCUCCGUCAGACCUUCCUUGUUCUCUCUCUUCACUGCCAUCCCCACCACGCCGGCUGUCACCACGCCAGCCCCCACCACGCCAGUCCCCACCACAGCGGCCCCCACCACACCGGCCCCCACCACGCCCUCUGAACAACCUCGCAUCACUCCAAGACCCCUGCGCCCACGCCCACGCCCACGCCCGACACCCGCGACUAUUGAUACCACACCACAACCCACACCGCGACCCAGACCACCCCGACCUACACCAAGGCCCACACCGCGACCCACAUCCCCGCCCCGCAGCUCCCGCCCUACGCGCCCUCCAUUCAGUCGGGUCCACCAGACCCCAGCGCCAGCUGGCCCUCCGGCAUCAGCGAUCCUCGAAGGAACUGAUUACUUUGACUACUACUACGACGACUUGGACGGCGCACUGACGGGCACGCUUGGCGACUUGGCGUCGCUGACCGACAAGGCGGUGCUGAUGCCCGACGGCUCGGUGCAGUGUUAUGACACCGGCUACUUCACUCACCCCGACUCGUGCAAGAAGUUUAUCUCAUGUUCCAAAACCGUGCGAGGGCUGGUGCGCGGCUGGGUGUACACUUGCCCACAAAAUCUUGUGUUCGACCCCGUCGGCGGCAUGUGUAACUGGGCCGAGGCUGUCGACUGUCAGUAACAGUUAGCAACCAUAUAGUGAUAGCAACGCGGAGGGACGACAGCGGCGCCAGGCCUCGGCAAACACGGCAGCAGCAGACGAAGCAGUCCUCGUCCUACCAUAACACAUCCACCUCAACAGUAGACAACUUGCAGCAUUGCCUCACAGUUCAUGACACUGUAGGAUCUGCUUACCAUGACACGGUGAAAUAAUAUUACAUUUACCCAGACAUACAGCGCCUUUCACAAUCCACACAAACUACUGUUACAAAUACUCGAAUGUGAAGCAUGUCCCGUGGGCACCACCCGCGUCUGUCCACGGCACGGGCUCCGUCCAGCAGGGUCAUGCGUCUUCUUUGGCCUCCGGCCCUGAGGUUCAACAAAAGCAAGGCCGUCUGGCACAAACACAAUUUUGUUGUUGAUUUAAUUAUUUCCCAAUUUUAGUUUUAUGGUUGUGUGUGUGUGUGUGUGUGUGUGUGUGUGAGAGAGAGAGAGAGAGAGAGAGAGAGAGAGAGA